AUGGUAAGACAAGAAGCAGCUAUGUCUUUCUCGCAGUUUGGAUAUCCUUAUAACGCAACUUCACAGUUAUUCGUGUCGGCAAACCCCAGUACGACUUGCUGCGAUUCGAUUUCCAGGUCGGCGUCUGAUGGGUCCAGCGGCUCCCAGACUGCAGCUGCACUUUGCUGCCCAUCAUACGAGAAUCGUCUUCUGGCGAGCACUCGGACAGAGCUUAACGCUGCUCUCGGGAUGUACGGUUCACCCUAUGCAGCUGCGGCCGCUGCCAGCCAGAACUACGCCAAUUACUUCCCCUACAGCACCGACCCGUCUGCGCUCUAUUCGACGCUGAACCCACAGUACGAUAUCAAAGAUGGCAGUGGCGGUUUGCACACCGGACUCACGCAACCUGCUGCCUACUAUCCCUAUGAACACUCUAUCGGACAGUAUCAAUAUGACAGGUAUGGAACUAUGGAUUUUAAUGGGUCAGCCAGGCGAAAAAAUGCCACCCGGGAGACUACGAGUACCCUAAAGACAUGGCUUUAUGAGCAUCGGAAAAACCCAUACCCCACAAAAGGAGAGAAGAUCAUGUUGGCCAUCAUCACCAAAAUGACCCUCACCCAAGUGUCCACCUGGUUCGCCAACGCAAGGAGAAGGCUAAAGAAAGAGAACAAGAUGACCUGGUCACCAAAGAACAAAGCUGGCGAUGAGAGGAAGGACGACAUUGACAAAAGUGACCAGGACUGUGUCAGCAAAGAUUCCAAAGACUGUAAGGUGGAAAAGGACCUUCGGCUUAGUGACCUGGAUGACAUGGAUGAAGAAGAUCAUGACAAAGCAGACAGCGACAGUGAAAAGGUCCCUCAAAUGGAGCUGGGCCUCUCACAAGCCGUGGCCGGGGAGCUCCCAAAGAGAGACUGCAACGGCGCCCUGCCUCUUCCCAACAGCUUUCACGCGUUCGCAUGCAAUAACAAGACUGUGGCGCCGCUGCCCUCGGAGUUCCUCGAGCCCGCGGCAACCAAACCGUCAACAACAGUCCCGACGGGCGGCGUGGCUCUGUCGCACUUUGAGGUGUCGGAAAAACCCCGAAUCUGGUCACUGGCACGCACUGCAGCCACGGGUAUGGCACUAGGUGCCCACCACAACAGGGAAUUAAGGACUGGAAAUAUGGGCGCGGACUGCCAGCUGCAGGCAGUGAAACUCCCCAUGGCUAGCAGUGGACAGUGUGGAGAGCCUAGGGGACUCCAGGACUCUGUGACACUCUCUGACAUGGAAGCCUCCUUCCAAGCAGGCCAGCAAUCACACAGCAAAGUCUACAGUGCUUCCAGCUUUGCCCAUAAGUCCCUGCAACUGCACUGUGCGUCCUACCCUGUGCUCUCUGACGCGUGCCAGUUUUCUUCCAUCGAAGGGUUUUCUGAUGGCAGGAAGUCCGAAGCUGAGGUUUCUGAGCUUAGUGACACAUGUCUAACGCUGCAGGAGGAGAAGCUUGCUUCCUUCAGACCUGGCAUGAAGAGGUGAAACAGGUGAGCCAUGGUCCUCUCUCUCACAUGCAAACACAUGCGAAUGUGC